AUGUCGGUGUGUCGCUGGCAGAGGUGGGCCAUGGACUCGGAGUAUGCCUCAUCUGACCUACAAAAAGCCCCCGCCCGGGAUGGUGGCAACCGCAAAAACCCCAUGCAUGACACGUACAACAUGAAAGGCAUCACUUCGACAUCGCCACCAGUGAUGAAUCAGUGUGACAGCAACGGCUAG